ACAUUUGAAUUAGACAACCGAAGCAAGAUGUUCAAGCUAUCACUUUGCCUAAUUGCUGCUCUGCUGGUCUGUGCUAAUAGCGACCACAUCAACGAGGAUGUACAGAUUCUCAGCGAGAGCAAUUCACCACCUGCUGGUAAUAUUAAUGGCGUUUCCGGUGAAAGCGAGUUUAAUGCCUCUGAUGGAAUCGUCAUUACCUAUGUUGCCGACGAUAACGGAUACCAACCCCAAGGCGAUCACUUGCCGACACCUCCUCCGAUUCCAGAGAGUAUCAGAACAGCGCUUGAAUAUGUCGCAGCUCAUCCACCAAAAUAAUAAUAGACUUAUUUUCAAAUUGAACAAAUGGUUUUGUAAAAUAGUGUGCAAAAAUCGAAGUUUUACUUUAAAAUUCAGUUCAAACUAUAAUAUAAUAGAAAAACAAAUGAAAUUGAAGAAAAUAUAUCCUUUUUACUGUGCA